AUGUCUUGCAGCAACAGCAGCAACAGCAGCAGCAGCAGCAGCAAGAACAGCAGCAGCAGCAGCAGCAGCAGAACAAUCCAGAGCUCUCUUAAGGAUUUCUUUAGCAGCCCCUCUGCAAACCCUAGGCGCUCCUCUAAUGGGGGCCCCCUGGGGGCCCCUAUGGGGGGCCCCCAGGGGGGCCCCCUAGAUAAAAUUAAGUCUUCUAUAAUUGAUUUAACUGAAGAUGCAAAUACCUCUUCGUCUGUGGGGCCCCCAGCAGCAGCAGGGCCCCCACCUUUGAAGGGGCCCCAACCUGCAGCAGGGAACCCCUCGUUGAAGGGGCCCCCAGCAGCAGCAGGGCCCGAGGCCCCUAAGGGGCCCUCCGCCUCUAUAGAGAUCCCGCAGCGGAGGCGGGUUCUCCCAUGGGAACAUCCGCCUGUUGCUGCUGCAGCUGCUGCAGCAGCAGCAGCAGCACAAUAUCCAGCAGCAGCAGCAGCUCCAGGGGCAGCUGCUCCAGCAGCAGCUUCUACAGCAGCAGCAACUCCAGCAGCAGCAGCAGUAGAUGCAGUUGCUGUUGCAUGCGCUGCAGCAGGACUCCCCUUAGGUACUAGCGGCAGGCCGCUGCUGACGCUGCGGCUGCUGCUGCCGUUGCGGCUGUGUGUUGCUGCUGCUGCUUCGCUGCAGCAUUUGCUGCUGCCAGAGGAGCAGCAAUGCAUGCGCAGGUUGGCGGCCCUCUUAGGAGCUCCUAAAGCAGCAGCAGCAGCAGCAGCAGCAACAGGGCCAGCAGCAGUACAUGCUGCUGCUGCAUGCAGUGCUUCUGUUGAUGCUGUAGUGAAGGAGGAAGCAAGUGGAGCAGCAGCAGGAUCAGAAGCAGCUGCAACGAGUUCAGGAACAGCAGCAGCAGCAGCAGCAGCAGCAGAGGAGCCUCCUCUUAGCGAAGGGGCUCAGAUGCUGCUUGCCCGUUUGCUGCUGCAGUUGCUGCGUCUUAGCGUUGCCCCCCAACAGCCCCCUGCAGCAGCACGACGUGUUAACAACAACAGCAACAACAGCAGCAGCAGCAACAGCAGCAGCAGCAGCAGCUCAUGGAUCCGUCUUCCUCCUCUGCUGCGGGUAUCAAAGGAAGUACCAAGUGCUGCUGCUGCGCUGCGGGAGCUGCAGCAGCGCGAGCUGCUAGUGCUGUGGACACCGCACAAUCUACCUGCUGCUGCUGCUGCUGCUGCUGCACCAUUAGCAGCAGCAGCAGCAGCAGAAGCAGCAGCAUGCGGCCGCUGCGCGGUAUCCGUAGAUGGUAUAUGUGCAUGCACCUGGUCUGCUGCGUUGCAGUGUCUUUCUGCUGCUGAGGUGCGAGCAGCAGCAGAUGCUGCAUGCGCUGCACUAGGGGCCCACAAGGAGGUGUGGGGCCCCACAAGGAAGUAUAAAGGAAAAGGGGAGGUACUUGCUGCGCUGCAGCAGCUAGCAGCAGGGCAUAAGCCCUCCUUACCUGCCAGCAGCAGCAGCAGCAGCAACAGCAGCAGCAGCAGCAGACGUCUGGAAGAGUUCUUUGGGGCACCAAUUGCACGAACAAACAGCAGCAGCAGUCCGCAGGGUGCAGCAACAGCAGCAGCAGCAGCAGCAGCAACCCGUGCUGCAGUUCCUGCUGCUGUUGUUGCUGCUAUUAGGACCCUUCGUACAUUCGUAGUCAAUUGCUGCGGCUGCCUGGCGCAGCUGCAGCAGCAGCAGCUGCUGCUGCGCUCCUUGCGUCUCCUUUUUGUUGCAGUGCAUGCACCGCAUGCGGCAGCACUUGGCCCCACAGCAGCAACAGCACCAGGUUAUGUAGUUGCUGCUGCUGACCGUCUACUGGGGGACCAUCUGCAGCAACAGCAGCAGCAACAGCAGAAGCAGAAACAGCAGCAGCAGCAGCAGCACGAAGAGGAACUCCUUGCCCUUGCAUGCGCAGCAAUGCUGCCUGCAGUACAUCGAGUGUCUCAUCUUGUAGAUCUGCAGCUAAGGAAGGUGCCGCAGUAUUUGCAGCAGCAACAGCAACAGCAGCUGCUGCUGCUGCUACAGCAGCAGCAGCAGCAACAGCAGCAGCAGGAACUGCCACAACAAGAUGCAGACGUGGCACCGCGCACCGAUACGAACGGCCAUAGCAGCAACAGCUGCUGCACUAGCAGCAGCAGCAACAGCAGCAGCAACACUCAGGCAGCUCCUGGAGAACUGGAGACAGCAGAGCCCAAUGCUGCAGCUGCAGCAGGGUGCGUGCAUGCAUCAGCAACAGCAACAGCAACAGUAACACUAACAGCGGAAGCAACCCCAACAACAGCAGCAGCAGCAGCAGCUACAGCAGCAACCGCUGCAACAGGAGACCAAGCAUCAGCAGCAACAAAGCGCGAAGACCCCUCUGCUUCCGCUGUAGCAGCUACCUCAGCAGCAGAUACAGCAGCAGCAGCAGCAGCAACAGCUGCAGCAACACCGGCAGCAACAGCUGCAGCAACUGCUGCACGUGCAGCAGCAGCAGCAGCAGCAGCUCCAUCAGGAGAAGCAAUAGUAGCAGCAACUCCAACUCAUGAGACAAAGCUCCUACCCGUGUGGCGCUGCUGCUGCUGCUGCUGCAUGCAAAUGCAUACUUUUGGUUCUGCAGCAGCAGCAGCAACAUCAGCAACAGCAGCACCAACAGCUGCAGCAGCAGCAACAGCAGCAGCUGCAGCAGGAAGAGCAACACGGCAGCUAGUUGUUGAGUUUGCUGCUGCACUCUUAGCAGAGGUGCGGAUGUCUUAUGCAGCAAGUGAGGCAUCCAGACCAGCAGCAGCAGCAACAGCUGCAGCAGCAGCAGCAGAAGCAGAGGCGCUGCAGCUUGCUGCUGCUGCGGAGUGCUUCUUGCUGUCGCACAUCAAAGAAAAGCAGGCGGAGCAGCAGACAGCUGCAGCAGCAGCAGCAGAAGCAGAAGCAGGAACGAAGCCUGAAGCUGCAGCAGCAGCAGCAGAAUGGAAGAGCAGCAGCUGCUCAGACAUCGUGCCCGCACUAGCAGACCCUUCGGCUGCUGCUGCCGAACCAGCAGCAGCAGCUGCUGCUGCAGCAAAUGCUGCUGCUGCUGCUGCUGCUGCUGCUCGCUUUACUGCUCCCUAUCUAUGGGCCUCCGUGCUUAGCCAAUCUGUGCAGCUAUUGGAGCAAAGGAGACAAUAUGUUGCUGCUGUUGACCGGCUGCUGCUCCUGCUGCAGCUGCAUGAACUAUACUCUCCUCCUGCAGCAGCAACAGCAGCAGCAGCAGCAAAAGCAGCAGACACAGCAGCACACACAGCAGCAGCAAAGUCCUCAGAGAAGGAGAACAAGAAAGAAACGGAAGAAACUAUGCCGGCAGCCGAACAGCAGCAGCAGCAACAGCAGCAGCAGCAACAGCAGCAGCAAUGGCAUGGAGUAUUUAGACACCGCGUAGGUAAAUGGUAUAAUAGAUUGACUGUGCUGCUGCUGCAGCAUCUGCAGCAGCCGCAGCAAGCCGUUGCUGCUGGUGUCCGCUGCCUAAGGGAAGGAGACACCAUAAGACUAACAGAGAGACAAGAGGUAGCAGCAAGAGUUAUUAAGGCUGCGCUGUAUAUACACCGCAAGGGACUAGCUAGUAGCUGGCAGCAGGUACAGCAGCAAGCACAAGAGCAGCAGCAGCAAAUGCAGCAGCUGCAGCUGCAGCAGCAGGAGGUGGUUCUAUCCGGUACAGACAGCAGCAUGCCUGAGGACGACAGCAGCAACACCAGAAGAAGACGCAAACGUUCUGCUGCAGUAGGCAGCAGCAGCACCGAGGAGAGCAACAGCAGCAGCAGCAGCAGCAGCAGCAGCGAGAGUGACAGCAGCAGCGACAGCAGCAGCAGCAAGAAAAGAAGCAGCAAGACACAACCUACCGCCAAUCGUCGGCCUCCUCCUAGGAAGCGUCGUAGAGCUAUGAGUAGACAGAGAAGCAGCAGCAGCAGCAGCAGCAAGAGGAAGACCAAGCAGCAGCAGCAACAGCAGCAGGAGAAGGAGGAGCAGCAGCAGGAGCAGCAGCACGUAUUUUUGGAGUUAUUACCUGCUGACGUGCAUGCAUCUGUGUUGCAGGCGUAUGAAGAGCAGCAGCAACUGCAGCAGGAGCUACCUAUAUGUGUUGUUGCUGCACGUCCUCUUGCUGCAGCAGCAGCAGCAGGACGCAGCAGCAUAUUUGUGGGGUGGGACUCGCAGCUGCUGCGCGUAGAGCUGCUGGCGCUGCAGCACUAUAAGAUGUUUGGUGGUUGGCGGGGUGUACAUGAUGAAGGUGCAGCAAUAAGGAGUCUAUUCCUUAUCUUUACUGCAGCAGCAGCGCAGCAGCAGCAGCAACAGCAACAGCAGCAACAGCAGCAGCACGGACUCGCCGGGGUUGUGCUGAUGUCUGAUACAUACACAGAAAACGCGAAACAGCAGCAGCAGCAGCAGCAGCAGCAGCAGCAGCAGGCAGCAGGUGCAGAAGCAGCAGCAGCAGCUACAACCCUUGCAGUUGCAUUCUUACCUGAAGCAAAUCCUGCUGAGCAGUUGCUGCUACCGGAGCAGCAGCAGCAGCAGCAACUGUUGCUGCAGCAGCUGCAGCGGAGCAGCAGCAGCGAAGUUCGUGCCCUAUUUAAGGCAGCAGUUGCUGCGGUGUAUGGGCAGCAGAUAAGAGGUGUAUGUUGGGACUGCGAGGCCCUAGAUGCAGACAAUUAUUCUGCUGCUGCUGCUCAGCAGCAGCAGCAGCAGCAGCAGCAGCAGCAGCAGCAGAGGCCAUUUUUAGAUGAAGAAGGGGACGAGGAGACAGGAGAGGACGACCUUGACGAUUCCCUUCAUUCACCAGGCAUAUCUCUACAACCGCAGCAGCAGCAGCAGCAGCAGCAGCAGCAAUCACAGCAGCAACAGCAGCAGCAACAGCAGCAGGAGAGAGCAGCAGAUUUUUAUAGCUCUCUUGCUGCAGCAAUAGGUGGGGUUGCUCUUUCUUCUAUUUUUUAUUUAUUAAGAGAAGAUUAUAAAGGAUGGGCAGCAGGUCUACCUGAUCUAUUACUAUGGAGACCUAAGCAGCAGCAGCAGCAGCAAGAAGAGCAGCAGCAGCAAGAGCAGCAGCAACAGCAGCAGCAAGAGCAGCAGCAACAGCAGCAGCAAGAGUGGGAAGUAAUGCUUGUAGAAGUGAAGGGACCAAGAGAUAAUCUCUCCAAUAAACAAAAGUAA